UUCAUUUCGUUAUCUUUUCACACACACUCACUGUGUGUUUCUCUCAUUCUACUCAUCUAGGGUUUCAUGCAACAAAUUCACCACAGAGAUUUAUAAGCUGAUUGUUUUGAUUAUUGAUUGUUGAUCGUUAAUUGUUGAUAUCUUCUGUCUUGGCUCGAGAUCAGAUCCGAGCCAAGAGCAGUUGAAGAAGACGAUAAAUCUGUUUGAAUUUAUCGAUUUAUCGGUUAGUUUAUUGUUGUGUUGAAUUCGGUGUUGAAUCGCGUUUAAUUUGAUCUGGUUUUGCGAGUGGAAAUGGCGGCGGCGCGUGAAGGUUUCCUGACUGAUGAACAGAGAGAGGUGUUGAAAACGGCGACUCAGAGCACGGAGGUUUUGUCGUCGUCGCCGAAGUCGCCAUCGUGGUUGAUGGCGGAGCAUCAGAUUAAAGCUCCGGCCGGUGAAAGGGCGCCGAACGUUGGAAUUGCUGUUAGGCAUGUGCGUCGCUCGCAUUCCGGGAAGCUUGUUAGGGUUAAGAAAGACGGUGGUGGUGGUAAGGGUACUUGGGGAAAACUACUUGACACUGAUGGUGAACCUCAUAUUGAUCGCAAUGACCCAAAUUACGAUAGUGGUGAGGAGCCAUAUCAACUUGUUGGGUCCGCUGUUUCUGACCCGUUGGAUGAAUACAAAAGAAAAGUGGCAUCCAUCAUUGAUGAAUACUUCACCACUGGUGAUGUGGAUUUAGCAGCGUCUGAACUCAGGGAUCUCGGGUCAUCUGAAUACCAUCCGUACUUCAUCAAGAGGCUUGUAUCAAUGGCAAUGGACAGACAUGACAAGGAGAAAGAAAUGGCUUCGGUUCUUCUUUCAGCUCUGUACUCUGAUGUCAUCAGCUCUACACAAAUCAAACAAGGGUUUUUUAUGCUUCUGGAGUCUGCUGAUGACCUGGCGGUUGACAUACUCGACACAGUUGAGACUCUUGCUUUAUUCGUCGCCCGUGGUGUUGUUGAUGAUAUUCUUCCUCCAGCCUUUGUGACCCGAGCCAAGAAAUCACUAUCAGAAUCAUCAAAAGGGUUUGAAGUUCUUCAAACUGCUGAAAAAAGCUAUCUCUCGGCCCCACAUCACGCAGAACUCGUUGAGCGGCGAUGGGGUGGCAGCACCCACAUCACUGUGGAGGAAGUCAAGAAAAAGAUUUCUGAUUUGUUAAGAGAAUAUGUUGAAAGUGGGGACACUGCUGAGGCGUGUAGGUGUAUCCGCCAGCUAGGCGUUGCAUUCUUUCAUCAUGAAGUUGUCAAACGGGCUUUGAUUCUAGCCAUGGAGAAUCGUUCAGCCGAGCCACUUAUUUUGAAGCUACUGAAAGAAGCAUCAGAGGAAGGGCUGAUUAGCUCAAGUCAAAUGGUCAAAGGGUUCUCUCGUUUGCGUGAAAGCCUUGAUGACCUGGCACUUGACAUACCAUCUGCUAAGUCAUUGUUCGAGUCGCUGGUCCAACUUGCGGUUACUGACAACUGGCUUGAUUCGUCCUUUGUGAACUCUAAUGGAGAUGGGCCGGUUACAGAGGCCGAAGACGAUGAGAAACUUAAGCGUUACAAAGAAGAAAUCGUGAGUAUAAUCCACGAGUAUUUUCUUUCAGAUGACAUACCUGAACUUAUCAGGAGCCUUGUUGAUCUUGGGUCGCCCGAAUACAACCCGGUUUUCUUGAAAAAGUUGAUUACUCUUGCUAUGGAUAGAAAAAACCGAGAGAAGGAAAUGGCAUCUGUAUUACUCUCUACACUUCAUAUAGAAAUCUUUUCGACUCGAGAUAUAGUUGACGGUUUUACCCUUCUGUUAGAAUCUGCAGAAGACACGGCUCUAGACAUACUCGAUGCAUCAAACGAGCUCGCACUUUUCCUUGCACGAGCCGUUAUUGAUGACGUACUGGCUCCAUUGAAUUUGGAGGAAAUUGGGAACCGGUUAGCACCAAACUGCAAUGGGAGUGAGACUGUUCACGUGGCUCAGUCGCUUAUAGCCGCCCGUCACGCAGGUGAGAGACUCCUAAGGUGCUGGGGUGGUGGGACCGGGUGGGCAGUGGAAGAUGCCAAGGACAAAAUCGUAAAGUUACUCGAAGAAUACGAAACCGGGGGCGUUGUUGGUGAAGCUUGCCAGUGUAUUCGCGAUCUGGGGAUGCCGUUUUUUAACCAUGAGGUGGUGAAGAAGGCUUUGGUGAUGGCUAUGGAGAAGAAGAAUGACAGGAUGCUGGAUUUGUUGCAGGAGUGUUACAGUGAAGGUCUGAUUACUACUAAUCAGAUGACCAAAGGGUUUGGUAGGGUCGAAGAUGGGCUUGAUGACCUGGCACUUGAUAUCCCUGAUGCUGUAGACAAGUUUAAGGGUUAUCAAGAGCAUGCUGUGGUUAGGGGAUGGCUGGUUUCGGUGUGAUCACGAUGGCGAUGAUGUGGCGUUUUAUGUUACAAAUGAAUGAAGCAGUCCUUGGUGUUAGCUUAUAUGUUUUCAUGCAUUUAUUUGUUUAUCUUACCAGAUGUAUAAAAAUGGUUGCUUUUGGAAAACCUAGUUUAUGGUGAGAAGACUGGAUCUUGCUCUACUCGCGUUCUUACUUUUUUCUCAGAUUAUGUAUUUUGUUAGUGUUUAUAAACA